AUUGGAAAAUUCGUACGCCGGCCAUAUUGUUAUUGUGUGCAUGAAAGAAAAUACUCUAGACACGUGUUUAAAAUCGCGAUUUUUUCGUGAAGAUUACAGAAGAACUAACAAAAUUUAGAAAGCAACCCUAAAGUGUAUUAUUAAGAGCGUCAUAUUAGCUUCGAGGAGCUGAAUAUAAUCGUUUUUUAUUGUAUUUAUUAAGUUUCCAAUAUUCAACGAAAAUGGUAUCUCGUCCACUUCUCUAUAUGUCGUUGCCGGGAGUAGUAUUUAUUCUCGGAGUAUUUUGGUAUCGGCGUCGUAAUAAAAACCGUGAAAUCGGAGAUACAUCGGCGGGACAACCAGACACAUUGAAUAAACCACUUUCAGACGAAUUACCAACACAUAAAAUAGAUAUAAAUUGCUCGCGAAGCAAGUCAAAUCCAUUACCAAGUGAUUCAGUCAACAUAAAUAAUAAAAAUCCAGACGAGGAGGAGAGCCCAACAGUUAGACUUUUUGGUAAAUCAGCUCCCAUAAAAAUUGUUCAAAAUUCCAGGGGAUCUCCAGUUAAACAGCAGCAGGUUAAUUCUGAGGUUCUAAAAAGCAAAAUACAAGACGCUGAAAAUAAGGUGCUUCGUUCAAUUGACGAAGAUUUUGAAAAUUUGUCAUCGCCAAUUGAUUUGCCAGAUUCGUUUAAUAAAAGAAUCGCAUUUUAUUCCCGGAACGUCAACUGCAAAAACGAUGCUCCUGUUGUAAUUAGGGCUACUCGCACACCAAAAAUAUCACCGGAAAACUCUUUUCUUGAAAGUAAAUAUACCAAAGAGAGCGAAGAAAAUAACAAUUUAAAACCAAUAGAAAGUGUUAUAAAGGAAAGUAAAGAAGGGAAGCAACAAGAACAACCAAACCAAUCAUCAUCGAUCAUACAGCAGGAAAGUGAACAACAACCAAUCCUUCAGCAAAACUGUAUGGAAGGGGCGACAGUCAACGCUACAAGUCAAGAUAUAGGUGCCACUGACAAUGACAAGCGUGACGUAGAUGCUGCUAGUCCAUCAUUGAGUUUAUGUAGCGUUCAAUCAGGCGAUUCGGGAAAAGGCUCAAGCCUGCCACGUUCUGAAGCAAAUCGUGCCAAAACUACAUACGAGUUCUUCUUCCCAAAUAGUUUUGUUGGUCAUUUAUAUGGCAGGAAGCAUUCAUUCAUAAACCAUAUUAAAGUUAAAACCUCAGCAAAUGUAGUUAUAAGCAAAACAAAUUACGCCGGAAAAUUCGUAUGCAUAUGUACCAUUGAGGGCUCUGAGAGCGAAAUCAAAUCAGCUUUGGCAAUGAUAAGACAGCGCCUGCCCGCAAAACGCUACCCUAAUUUUACAAUGCAAAGAAUACACUUUGCCCCUCCUCAAACUGUAGUUCCUUUAUCUACCGAAAGUUUACUUAAUCUACAGCUUAACCUUAUCGAAGGCAUUAAUAAUGAUGUACUUGUAACUGCUGUCGUAAAUGGCGCACAUAUGUUCGUACAACAUCCUUUACAUCCCUCACAUCCUUCUCUAGCUGUUCUUCAGAAAUGUUUGUAUGAUAGCUACACCGGUAGUGAAGCACCUUUGCUUCCAGGUAUCGAAAUUAAUGCUGUUUGCGUACUGCCAGUAAAUGGGAUUUGGUAUAGAGUUCAAAUCGUCGAGCAAGACUGUGAGGAUGAGCAACGUUGUGUGGUUAAAUUUUUAGACUUUGGAGGCUAUAUGAAUGUACAUUUCAAUGAAUUGCGGCAAAUUAGAUCAGAUUUUAUGACUGUGCCAUUCCAAGCUACAGAAUGUAUUUUGUCUAAUGUGGAACCAAUAGAUUCCAUUCGGUCAGAAGCAGCAGACAUUUUGUGUCAACUAACCAAAGGAAUUGUUUUACAAGCACAAGUAGCGGGAUACAAUAGUCAUAACAUACCAGAAAUUUAUUUGUUUGUUUGCUUAAGUCCAAAUAAUGUCAUCUUCAUAAAUAAAGAGCUUGUAGCUAGAAAUCUAGCUAAGUGGGUUGAGCGAGACUGAUUGAAAGGAGUGUAAAGUUUAUUAAAACUACUAGUACAGAAGCUGCAACUAUCAUCUAAUUCAUUUUUAAAUAUUUAAAAGAACAAAAACAUCGCUCUUUAACAAUUUAGAAAUAGUAAAUGUAUUUCAUUAGUUAAGUUAUGAUAGGGUAUACAAGAAAUCAACAGUAAGAGUUGUGAAAAUUUAAGGGUCAUUGUAGCAUUCUGCUAUACAAUAUGCUAUACGCAUUAGUCAUUUGUGUCAAGAGAAUGACCCUGUUGUAAAUAUAGAGCAAAUUAAAAUAUUCGCCUAAGGUGCGAUGAGAGUAAUAUAAAUAGUACUAUAGCAAGCAAUAGAAGGCUCGUAUUAUUUCUGCCGGACAAAAGUUUAACAUAAACACUUGUACAUAUAAUAUUCAUAUUCAAAUAUUAUUUAUGUAGUAUAUUUUUACGCCUCUUAUCGAUGCAUAAAUACCAUAUGUUAAAAUCAUAUAUCUACGUAUAUUUUUUUACCAAACUUAGAAGGAGGUGAAUAAAAUAAAUUUUUUUUAUAAAUUAUGGAAAGGCAUUUUGAUGCAAAUUUCUUAGGGAAAUUUUAUAAAUGUUACAUAAUUUCUUAAAUUUGUAGUAGUAAGAUUAACUCGAUUCUACUAUUUAAAAAGCAAAAUUUCAUUAACUUUAACUUUUGAUUUGUAUUGAUCAGCUGUCCGUUGGCAUUUCAUACUAACUGCCUUUUACUACUUCACUUAUUUUUGAGCAUAUUAUAUUCUAUUCGGGAUGAAAAUGCGUCAAAAUGCCUUCUAUUUUAUAACCCAAAUUUAUACUUGAAUACAAAAUAUUACAAAUUAAAAUAGUUAGGUUUCCAUAAGUAACACUAUAAGCUUUUUAAGUACAGAUAAGUAUGCUAAAUGUUUAUAAGUCAUCGUUCUCUUAUUCUUUAUAAUGUAAUAUUUAUUUUGCACUUAUGUAAUGACCAACAGGUAUGUUUUUACCAGAUUGAAAACCUAUUAGCUUAGUGUUAAUCAUUGUAUGAUUUCAUUCACUUUUGUUAGUUUUAAUUAUAAAUAAUAGAUUUGUAUUUAUUCUUAAAGUGAUUUAUUGAAACGUUAUAAUACUGAAAAUUACAAUUGGAUGAAAAUUUAAUAAAAAACAAUGGAGAACCAUGCUGAAGAUAAUACAUAUAACAAUAUAAUGAUUUGAUCGUCGCUCGACUGCACUUAAGCCAAUUACACCAGUAGCUUUGCAGCGGAAGAAGCUUACGGUUACUGCACCAUACAUAUAAUUCAACUUUACCUCUAUUUUAUGUAUUGAAAUAUAAAUUAGAAGAAGUUGGGCAGUGCAGCUCAAGUGUAUAUCUACUGUAUAAGAACAUGUUAUAAAGAAAUAAGAAAAGUGCAUCAAGUAGUCGCGACAAAAACUAAGUUGACAAGUAAAUAAAGAAAACGUUAUGAAAUCGUUAAAA